AUUUUAAACUAAGUACUGAACUAAAUGUUUUAAAUUCAUACAGUAGCUUUAUGACAGUUUUAUAAAAAAAAUAUGCAAUGUUUAGUCCAAUGUUUAGGUGUUGGGUGUUGGAAGAAGUGUUACUUGCAGGAUAGGUUCCGCUUGGAAAAAGUUCAGGGAGUUACUUCGAGUCUUGUCAAUUGAGGUAAAAGGUAGGUUGUAUGAGGCCUGCGUAAGAAGUUUUAUGUUGUACGGGAGUGAGACAUGGGCAGUGAAGCAGGAAGAUCUUGACCGUUUAGAAAGGAAUGAUAUGAGAAUCGUUAGGUGGAUGUGUAACGCCAGUCUGAGAGACAGAAAGAGUUCAGAUGAGCUAAGAAGCAGGCUAAGUAUCCACAGAAUUAAAGAUGUUAUCCAGAUAAGAAGAUUGAAUUGGCUGGGGCACUUGGAAAGAAUGAAGGAGGAUAAUUGGGUAAGAAAGUGUAGGGACUUGAUAGUCCCUGGGGCAAAGCCCAGAGGCAGACUGAGAAAGACUUGGCAGGAGGUUAUAAGGACAGACAUGAUACAGAGGAAGUUGAGUUUAGAUCUAACACAGUCUAGGUCAGAUUGGAAGAGGGUCAUUAAUAUACCCUGUCCAACCCAUGCUAGCAUGGAAAACGGACGUUAAGCUGAGAAUGAUGAUGAGGCUUUGUCAAAAAAGGUUAUCUGGACUUCCCCAAAGCUUACAACCCAACCUAAGUUUAGAAGGAUUCAAUCAAAGUCCUGCUAUUUACUUACAGCAAGUCUGCAGAGUAAAAAAGGUUAACCUGUCAUUUAAGUUCAGCAAAAUUUAUUUCAGUUAAUCGACUAGCAUUAACAUAACCAGUAAACUUGUGACGGAAUAUAUGUUUUUCCUAUGUAAAAUAUUACUUUCAUCACAAAUUAUCUCUAUUGUGAAUGUUUUACAUAUAUUUUUGAGUUUAUAAUUUAAAAGCUAUAUAUUUGCAACACAAUGACAUACUAAUAGUUGUGUUGGAUUUUAAUCCCUGAUCCCAAAUGUUGUUUUUUGCAAACCAUGGACAGAAAACAGAAUUUCUAAGCUAUGAUGUAUUUCUUUUUUUUUAGUAACAGUAAAAUAGAGAUGCUUUCUGGCUUUGGAGAUUAAACGUUUGUAAAAUUUAACUUCCAAUAUACAAAGAUGAAGGACAGAUUAGCAGAGUUGCGUGAGGCGCGAAAUGAUGACCAACCACCUGAUUAUGAAGAAACAGUGAUUGAUGUUGAAGCACAUAAGAAGAAUCCUUUUUUAGAUGACUUCUUUAGUCAGGUUGAAGAUAUUCAACAAAAUAUAAGAGAGAUUCAAGAGAAUGUUCAAGACAUUAAAAAAAAGCAUAGCACAAUACUAUCAGCACCACAACCUGAUGACCGUGUAAAAGAAGAGCUUGAACAGUUAAUGCAAGAGGUACAAAAAUGUGCCAACAAAGUAAAGGCGAGUCUCAAGGGUAUGGAAAAGUCCAUAAAGGAUCAAGAAAGUGCAAAUCGUGGUAACUAUGCUGAUAUCAGAAUUAAAAAAUGCCAGCAUUCUACUCUGUCAAGGGAAUUUGUUGAAGUAAUGUCAGAGUACAAUGAGAUACAAAACAAAUACAGAGAACGUUGCAAAGAUAGAAUAAAACGCCAACUUCAUAUUGCUGGCAAAGCAAUGGAUGACGAUGAACUAGAAGAAAUAAUUGAAGGUGGCAAUCCAACUAUUUUUACACAAGGGAUCAUCACUGAUACGCAACAAGCCAAACAAUCUCUGAAGGAAAUUGAAGCUAGACACAAUGACAUUAUGAAGCUUGAAGAUAGUAUUAAACAACUGCAUGAGAUCUUUACAGAUAUGGCUAUUCUUGUUCAAAGUCAGGGUGAAAUGAUUGAUCAUAUUGAAACUAAUGUUGAACAAGCUGCAGAAUAUGUACAGCGAGCAGUAGUAGAUACGAAAAAAGCAGUUCGGUAUCAAAGUAAAGCCCGCAGAAAAAAAAUCAUUGUGUUGGCUAUUGUACUUAUCGUACUUGCUAUCAUAGCCACUGUGGUGGCUUUUGAACUUAAAUAAAUUGUAUUAUAAGCUAGGUUAAUUUUUUUCUUUUUUAUAUUAUAAUAUUAAUGCUUGUAACAUAAAUUUGUUUAGUUAACCUAACCUUCGUUAUGUGUUAAAAUAAUGCUAAAUAUAAGUCCUGGAUGCUGGUUAAAAUGAGGUAUUGACUAAGUGCUUAUGUGAUUAAUGAUUUCCAAUGUUUUUUUAUAUUUCAAGACUUUUUUCAGACUGUCCUUUAACCAGCUUCUUUGGAACUUCUUUUAUCCAAUACAAUGAUCUGAGGUUUUAUGUUCACUAAAAACAGUUCGAACAGUUAAUAAACCAAUCAACAAACCUAAAAGUUAGCAUUUUUACAAAAUGCAGCAUACAUCCGCUAAUUCGAACACAGAAGGGAUCUGAAACUGUGUUUAAGCGUAUUUCUUAAACCAAGCACCACAAAAGUUGUUCUAAAUAGUGGAUUAACGUCAUUCGAAGUAGAGGAUGUGUACUGUAUUUUGGUAAUAUAAAAGAUUGCUAAAGACAGUAAAAGUAAAUCUUUCUUAAUUUAGUUAAAGAUGAAUAGCGGAUAUAAUUAUUUACACCAUUUUUUACUUUAGUUUUGCUGCAAAAUAGUGUGACUAAUUUUUUAUUUUUGGAAUUGAUGACAAUAUUAUGUUCAUUUUUUUAUAAAAUACAUAUAAAAUGACAUUUCAGUUUGAUUAUUUAACAUGUUUAUGUUGUAAUUUUAUUUCGUAUAUAUAUCCAAUGUGAGAUGAUAUAUCUUAUAUUUCAACUUAUUCAAUUUGUUUCAAUUUAUUUACAAUAUCUACUUAGUUCAAAUGGCUUUUGGCAGGUUUCGAAAUGCUAAAUGUAAUACAUACCUUAUUAUAGGAAAUUAACAUUUGCGUAAAUCUGAUAAUCUUCGAUAAGGAAUCGGCUUGUUUAACAUUUUUAAGCACAAGACUGUUUUAGUCAACAACAACAAAAAUGUUUGUUCUGUUUUUGCUCUUCUUUGCCUUGUUUAUAUAUAUUGCUAAAAAGAGCUCUGUUGCAUUGUAUUAUUGUGUCAUUUUUACUAUUCCUUCCUGCUCCCCUUUUCAAUACUAAUUUCUAACCGCAUCAAUUUAAUUAACGUUAAUUCUAUGAGUUGACAAACUCAGUUAAUGAUGUUUGCUUAGCGUAAAAUUUUUAACUAGUUUUUCAGCAUCACGUUCAUGGAGUAAAAAAUGGUAAUUUUUCAAAACGUUAAUUUCCUAUGAUCAGUAUUCCCUUCGAAAGAUUCAUGGUUCUCACAGUGGGUUAUGUAGAAAGCAAAAGGCUGUGCACAUCGUUAAUCUUUAAAACACGUUAAUGGUAAAAAUUGAAAUUUCUAAAGCUUGAAUCUUUUGGAAAUUUGUACUGAAAAAUAUUUAGAGAUUUUUAUGAUGUUGGCUUCAAUCAGUGCUUUUUAUUUUGUUGUUGUUGAUGUUGAUUUAGGUUUUGUUUGGUUUUAGCAAAAAUAUAUUAUUUGACUCUAUUUGUUUCCAAUUGUUUUUGUUUUGCAAAUAAAUAAAUGAGUAAAUCAA